UAAGUCACUAAACGCGUGUUCCAUGCGGUACCUACUUAAAAUAAACUAAUCCUAAAUUAUUUGAUUCGAAGCGAAGCUUUUUCGGCACAGUAAAUUAUCAUUAUUAUUAAUUUAUAUCCAAAAUGCAGAAACAAGUGCCUGCUAAAGGUAAAAAACGUAAAGCAAAUACAAACUUAGUAACAUCGGAACCUAAAAAUGUGAAACAAAACUCUUUGGUUAACUCUGAUAAUAAAAAUAGCAUCUUAGAUCCUAAAAAUAUUAACAAAAACGUUAAUAAGAAUAAAAAUAAACAAAAAAAUCAAAAUACUGUUAAUUUGGCACCUAUUUUAGCCCAGUCUAAUCUGGCAACUUCCACAGACAAAAAUAACACUAAAAAUGACACAAACAUAAAAAAAUUUGACAAUUCUGGGAAGAACAAACAACAACAGAAAUCAAAACCAACUCCGCUAGCAGAAAAAAACGUUAUUGAUGCAGGUGGAAUUAAAAUUGAAAACGACAUUAAAAAAGAGACUGAUUCGAAUGCGGCUAAAAAAAAAAGGAGAAACAAGCGUAAAAAGAUACCCGCACAAGCAACCUUGCUUAAUGAAAAUGGUAUGAAUGACUCGAGUGAUGAUGAAGACGUACCUGACAAAAGUAUACCUCAAAAACAGACUCAGACUCAGAAACCUAAGAAAAAUGUACUUAAAAUAAAUAAUACACUGCCUGUCGUGCAUAAAACUGAAAACGAAGCAGAUGUGUCUAGUGACGAUGAAGCCCCACCUGCAAAUGACAAGAAGAGUGCCAACUUACCUGACGCAGUGCAGAAGAAGAAGAAAAAUAAACGCAAGAAGAAGAAUGCGGCGACCAAGGUUGAAAUUUCAAAUGGUAAUGAAUCUUCAAAUAACCAAGGAGAAAAAACACCUCAACAAGCACUUAAAAGUAAGAAAAAUAAACAAAACAUUGCAAAUGGCAAAAAUACUGAAGAAUCCAGUGAAGAUGAAGACUCCAGUGAAAAACCUCAAACGAUUAUAAAUCAAAACGGUAAAGCACAGUCAUCAAAUGCAUCUUCAGCGUCUAGUGAUGAAGAACCACCGAAAAAGGAUGGUAAAGUCAAACUGAACAAUAAAGAUAUAAAAACGGCCGCCUUGUUGAAGGUUAAGCAUGAGGCAGACAAAAUAGAUAUGUCCGAAAGAUAUCCCAUAUUGAAAGAUCAAAAGUUUGUGGAAUCUUUCAUGAAUGUUAAAAUCACUAACGGUCAGAAAGGUCGCAUAAGGCAAGCCUUGUUUAAACAGUUCAAAGACAUACCAGACGAACAAAAACCAGACCUAAUCCAUGCGAGAAUUCAAGCCAUGAUCAAAGGAACUAUCAUGAAUGAUUCACAAUUACGCAGAAUUCGGAUUCUAUAUAAUAUGCUGAAAGAGACACUUAAGAAGCUGGGACACAAAACUCCUGUCGUAGAAAAUUUAAGUAAAGAGAAAAAGCAAAAGGUUUCCAAAGAGCAAGAGAAGGUUAAGGGGCCAAAGAGAUAUGUGGUGUUUGUAGGAAAUCUACCAGUGGGAAUUCAAAAGGAGAGACUUACACAUCAUUUCUUAGACAUAAGUGACAACAUUAAGGACAUCAGAUUGCCUGAAACUCCAGAAGGCAAGAAAGCUGCAAUUGCCUAUAUCGAACUAGAUAAUGAAACAAGUUAUGAGCUGGCACUGUCAAAGAAUCACACAAUGUUGGACAACAGGAGAAUCAACGUACAGUAUUCCGUGCAGAAGAACAGUAAAAUAACAUUAACCGAAGCCAAGGGUAAAUCAGCGAAACUGUUGGCCUUACAGAAAGCUGGAAAGCUUAUCGGUAGCGUCCCGCUGGAGCAGAAGCGAAGUCAACGUCGUAACAAGAUGAAAAAAAUGCGCGCUGAAGCCGAAGCUACGGCGUGAGCUUAAAUACAAACCGGUGUAAUGGAACCGUUACCAGACGGUACAGGCGGCGCUUCUGAACUAAUAAAAUAUCUCAAAUAGAUACUAGUGUACUGUAGAGAUGCAUCAUUCUAAUUAACUUAAAUUAUUUAAGCUAAAAUGAAAAACUAAAUCAGAUUCAACAAACUCAAAAAAAAAAACGAUAAACUUCUUCUCAAGAUCUUUACAUGCAUUGCACAUGUUAAUACAUUAUAAUGUAUCUCAAUAAUGUUAUUGUUUUUGUUAUCAUUCUCCGAUAUAUAUAGAACAUAAUAUGUUAUUAUAUUAAGCUGUUAAAACGUGACGAAUGUUAUAAAUCUAUGUAAUAAUUGUGUUGUCAGCUGACUCGAGGUCAACGCCCCAUAGUUGUGUCAAGUGUUGUAUGACGUGUUGAAUCCACAAAGUCUGGUACCUUUAUAGAGAUAUGAACUUGAUAUUAUAACUACAUAGCCAUCUAAUCUGUUAUGUUUUUAUUAGAUUUUAUCGCAAGUUCGAUUUUGGCAAUGGUUCCUUUAAGUCCUGUAUGAUUUUAUAAA